UCUGCUGGUACGAUUGUAAUUAGAAACAGAAGUAAAAAGAGUACGAAAUUGAUCGCUUGCAUCUAAUAGGCACACAAAGUUUUUUUUACUUUCUCUUCUGUAAUAAUUUGAUUCCGGCAAGGAAUAGGAUUACCCAAUUCUCCAGAGAGAGAUUUUACCUUUACGAAACAUGGAAUAUUUUGUUGUUUUGAUACUUGAUGGUAUUUCGAAGAUGACACGAAAAUUUAUAUGCGGAGGAAGAUUUUACUGUGAAAGUUGUUAAUUUGGAAUUUUCCCCUUGAGACUGGUUUGAAAAUUUUUAAAAUAUUUUUUCACCCCAAAAAGCAAAAUUCACGUUAAUCUCUAGUUUUUGACAUUUUUUCUACAAUAAAAUAGACUUGAACAUUUUGAAAUUAUUUGGAUAAUUUUCGUUAAAACACCAAUUGAAGACGAAAUGUAAUAACCGGAGUUUAGGACAAAAUUAAUAAGCAAAUUAUCAAAAGACUUGACAAUUUUUGAUUUUAUUAUUAUACUGAAAAAAACUUGCGAUUUUGCGUUAAUAAUCCAGCUACAUUUCUAGAAAAUAAUAAGUUACACUCUUGACUUUUGAUCAAACCUGGUCAUUUGGAAAAAAUUGCACCUGAAGACAUUGAGCGUCAUAAACAACAUAAUUAGCAGAUAAGUGAAUAUAAUAAAUGAUGUUUCAUCAACGAUGGGUACGUUAUAAGGAAAAAAACCAUUGCAAUAUCUAUCAUAAAAUGAAAGUAAGAGCUUAAAUAUUAAUAACAACUCGUAGGUAUAUUAUAAAAGUAACUGGUCACUCUCACACACUUAUUUGUUACGGUGCCUCCGAAAGGUAGUGUUCUGUGCUAGUGCAGUGAUCGACCUCACAGUGUCUUAGCCUAAAAUUCAAGGUUACUAAAAUGCCACCACCGGACCCAGACCGAAUCGCACAAAUGUUCACCGAUAAAUCGGUUUUCAUCACUGGAGGUUCUGGAUUUUUGGGCAAAGUCCUUGUAGAAAAACUCCUCAGAAGAUGUUACAAUGUCAAAACAAUCUACCUUCUAAUAAGAAAUAAAAAAGGAAAAACACCAAACGAACGUAUGAAUGAUAUUUUCGCAAACAUGAUUUUUGAUACUUUACGAAAAGAAAAUCCACAAUUAUUCAAAAAAUGUAAACCAAUCUCUGGCGACGUCACACAAAUUAAUCUCGGAAUAUCGCCCGAAGAUCGACAAGUGUUACGUGAUGAAAUUGAAUUCAUUUUCCACUCGGCGGCUUCGACAAGGUUUGACGAAACGGUCAGAGUGGCCACUCGUAUGAACACCAGAGGCACCAAAUACGUAGUAGAUUUGGCACACGAGUGCAAAAAACUGAAGGUUUUUAUCCACGUGUCAACAGCGUACGCCUACCCUUAUGAGAAUGUGUUGCACGAAAAAGCGUACCCACCACCUGCCGAUCCCGAAGAAAUUCUAAAAUCAAUCAAUUUCGAACUGGAAAACGACUCGGAACAAAGCAUACACUUGGGUCUUUUAGGUGAUUGCCCCAAUACUUACACCUUUACGAAAGCUCUAGCUGAGAAUCUUGUUGUCAAAGAAAUGGAUAAAUUACCGGCGAUUGUCGUCAGGCCAUCCAUUGUUUGUCCCAUUUGGAGGGAACCUUUCCCUGGUUGGUGCAACACACUUCAAGGACCAAUGGGUUUGUUUGUGGGUGCUGGUAAAGGAAUAAUUCGCUCCAUGUACAUCCGGAAAAACUCACGUGCCGAUUUUAUACCAGCCGAUGUUGUUAUAAACGGAAUAUUGGUUGCGGCUUACGUUCAUUUGAAUUUUGACAAAACGCAACGAAUUUACAAUUUCACAGCAUCGUCAAAACACAGCAAAACAUGGGAGGAAAUCAUCGAAUUGGGCAAAUAUGUAGUCACAAACACGGUACCGUUCAAUGGUAUUGUGUGGUACCCUGGUGGCUCCCUUAAGGAAUCAAAACUGGUUCACAACUUGUGUUUUUUCUUCUUUCAAAUUGUUCCAGCUUUGUUAAUUGAUACACUUUUGACGGUUUUGGGCUACAAGCCGGUCUUAUACCAGAUACAGAAACGUAUUCACAAAGGCUCAGAAAUGUUGGAGUAUUUCACGACCAAAGAAUGGGAAUUCACCAAUGACAAAUCAGCCGGAAUGAACAAAUAUCUCAACGAGAGAGAGAAAGAAAUUUAUAAAAUCGAUGGGGAGGGGGUUAAUCUUGACGAGUAUUUCACCAAUUGUAUUUUAGGUUUGAGAAGGAAUAAUUUAAAGGAGAGCGAUGAUAUGCUACCAGCAGCAAAACGGCAAUUGAAAAUAAUGUGGGCCCUGGACAGGGUUUGUAAAACACUACUCGUAUUAGCAGCAAUGUACUACUUGUACAAGUGGAUUCUAGCACCGGUGUUUCGUUUCUCAACAAUGAGCAAUAAAUCAGCGGUUGCGGAAUUCUACAAAAACCGACACAUCCUCAUCACGGGCGCCACUGGUUUUAUGGGGAAAGUACUAAUCGAGAAAUUACUACGCUCAUGUCCUCAAUUAUCAACAAUUUAUUUGUUAGUUCGUCCAAAAAAAGGGAAAAAACCUAACGAAAGACUUGAAGAUAUCAUCAAUUGUCCUGUCUUCGAUAAGUUGCGUGACCAACCCGACGGCGAAAAAUUACUAAAUAAGAUUUACUGCAUUUCUGGGGACAUUACCCAAACUAAAUUAAAUCUAUCAAACGAUGAUGAGAAAACUUUAACGGAUAACGUCGAAUUGGUGUUUCACAUGGCUGCCAACGUGCGAUUUGACCAACCGUUGAAAAACGCGGUUCUAUUGAAUACAGGAGGGACAAAAAAUUUGCUAGAUCUGGCGUGCUGUUUCAAACAAUUGAAAAUUUUCAUUCAUGUGUCAACAUCAUACUGUCAUUGCAAUGAAGUCAAACUUGAGGAAAAACUAUACAAUGCGCCACAUGACCCGCGAAAAAUCCUAGAUCUAGUGACCUGGAUGGACGACGAAACGCUAAAAACUUUAACUCCAAAACUACUAAAAAAAUCACCAAACACGUACGCUUAUACUAAAUGUUUAACCGAACAAUUGGUGAGUGAAUACAAAUCAAAGUUACCUUUGGUUAUCACUCGACCGUCGAUUGUUACGGCCGCUUGGCGCGAACCAAUUCCUGGUUGGGUUGAUAAUUUAAAUGGACCAACAGGAUUAUUGGUAGGGGCGGGUAAAGGAGUGAUUCGAUCAAUGCAUUGUGACCCUUAUUUGGAGGCAAAUAUCGUACCAGUUGACAGUGCGAUUAAUUCACUUCUCCUGAUUGGCUGGAAGGAGGGGGCGGGACCGUCACGUGACGUGCAAGUCUACCACGUGACGUCAAACAACGACAAUGUGAUUAGUUGGGGGGAGGCGCUUGAAGUAGGCCGUAAACAUUUCUAUGACAACCCGUUUAGCGUUUGUUUGUGGUAUCCAGGUGGUAGUAUCAAGUCGAAUUAUUGGUACCACGCCAUCGCUGUUUUUUUCUUACACAUUAUCCCAGCCUACUUGGUCGAUUUUCUUAUGGUUUUGACAGGAAAUAAAACAUUCUUGGUGCGUACCCAGAAACGCAUACAAAACGGUUUGGAGGUGCUCCAGUACUAUACUACAAGACCUUGGUACUUUUACAACGAUAAUUUGGAUAAGAUAUGGAGCGAGUUGUCAGAUCUUGAUAAAGAAAUUUUCUAUACCGACAGACUUAAAAUCGACUACAACCAAUAUAUUUUGAAUUAUGUGUUAGGUGCGAGGAAGUACUGCGUACAUGAGGAACCGGAAACGCUCCCCUAUGCCCGAAAAGUACUAAAAAGAUUGUUUUAUUUGGAUAUGACCAAAAACAUUGUUUUGGGAAUUUUCUUUUUGUGGAUUUUUUCCUACUACGCAUCUGGGUUUAUCACAAAGCUAGACAACCGGUCGAUUUUUAAUAAUACAACAAUUAUAGGUUAAUUUUAAUUAUAUUCACAGGUGCUUGGUUAUUUUUAUGUAAUAAAUUUGCAAUUUACGACGUUAUUAAAAAAUAUAUUGUUGUUUAACGCGCUCACUCGUCUUGGCAAACAUUAUGCUUGUUAAACACAAUCGGUGUUUUCAUAACUGAUUAUGUAAAUAACGAUAUGAUUUGAAUUUGAAAAGCUUUAGAACCAAUUUUUUUAGUUCAUUGUUUAUUUUACAAGGUCAAUGUACAAAAUAAAAAUAAAUAAAUAAUUACAAUAACAAUUAUCCUGUUUGUGAAGCUCGUGUGUGUGUAAUUUCGACCAUUUUGGCGUCAUCUGGGUGUAAAUCCUUGUCACCCCAUCCCCACACAUUAUGGGUACCAUCACCUGUCCUUUUAACCCUCUUUUCGACCAUUGCCAAUGGGACACUUUUAAGGUCAUAUGCCCAUCCAAUUCGGGCCAUAAAAUCAAUAAAUGCCGUACUCCAAUUGCCAUAAUAUGACCCCAAUUCGGCCGCUUUGUAGUCCCAUGGGAAGGCAUGGUGGUAA